UAAGUAAAAUACUUUGUUUCUGAUUAGCCAUCGUGUUUAGCAAAAAUCAAAUUCAUAUAAAUUUAAGAAAAUAAAUUCAACAAAAGUAUUACUUUAUUAUCUCCACAUGUUACGGCCAUCUUAAACUGCCCUAAGAAUGAGGACGAACUACAUAAAUGGUGUUGAACGAAUAAAAACAUGCUAAGCCGCAAAGAUAAAUUCUACUAAUAUAUUUGCGUUAAAGCACCGCAAAAAGGGCAUACGGGCAAGACGCAUUCUUUCUCCCGCGCGUGCCUGUGUGAACCAGGCUUUACCUUCAGGGGCGUGAGCGUUGUGCGCGUACUCAAGACACCAGGAAAGAUGGCGGCGCUCAUGACCCUCAGUCAGUUAUCAGGUGGAAAUGCAGUUUUUGAAAGCUAUUACAGACAGCUUGAUCCAAGAAACACAGGAAAAAUAUCAGCUGGCGAUGCAGCUCAGUUUCUUAAGAAGUCUGGGUUGUCAGACAAUACUCUUGGAAAGAUUUGGGAUUUGGCAGAUUCUGAUAGAAAAGGCUACUUGGAUAAACGGGGGUUCUUCAUUGCCCUGAGACUUGUAGCAUCAGCACAAGGUGGAAAUGAUAUCAGUCUUAACAACCUCAACCAAACUGCAGCUGCACCAAAAUUUAGGGACACUGACAGCCAAUUAUUAAGUGGGUCAACAACAGCAUUUGACUCUCAGUGGGCAAUUAGGCCUGAUGAAAAAGGGAAGUUUGAAGGAAUAUUUGAAAGUUUGUCUCCUGUGAAUGGCCUCCUCUCUGGUGAAAAAGUCAGACCAGUUUUGAUAAACUCCAAAUUACCUCUGGAUGUGUUGGGAAAGAUUUGGGACCUGAGUGAUGUAGACAAAGAUGGACAUUUGGACAAAGAGGAAUUCACAGUGGCAUUGCAUCUCGUGUAUCGAGCCAUGGAAAAAGAGCCCGUCCCAAGUAGUUUGCCUCCAUCUCUUAUCCCACCUUCUAAAAGGAAAAAAUCUGCAAAUGCGCUACCAGGUGCUGUGGCUGUGCUGCCUGCUUUGUCUGGUCUUACAUCUGGUCUGGCUCCUCUCAAAGACACCCUGAGAAGCACUCCCACUCUUGGAGGCACCGCUUCUCCUCUUGGGAGAACUGCAUCUCCUGUGGGCAGUAGCUCUUCUUCUCUGGGGUCCAUUACUUCCCACACACCCAGUCCCACCAACCUAUCCCCACAGCACUCCUUUAAAUCGACCUCAGCGCCAGCGGUGAACUGGGUGGUUUCAGUGGUCGACAAAGCCAAAUAUGACGAACUCUUCACAAACACCGACAUCGACAAUAACGGCUGCAUCACAGGCACUGACAUCAUCGAGAUUUUCAUGCAGUCCAACCUUUCUCAGACGAUGCUAGCUCAGAUAUGGGGACUUGCUGACACAAAGCAAACGGGCAAGCUGAACCGGGAACAGUUUGCUCUGGCCAUGCAUCUUAUCCAACAGAAGGUGAAUAAAGGCAUAGACCCCCCCUCUGCUCUCACUUCAGACAUGAUCCCCCCUUCAGAGCGGACUCCAACAUCAGCAGCGGGCCCUAGUUAUUUGGGACUUCUUCCUUCUCUGAGACCAGACGUUGCUUCAGCUGCUAAAACACGCAGAGACAGCACCAGCUCUGUCGGGUCGGUGGAGCUGACAGGAAUCAAAGAGCUGGAUGACCUCAGCCAGGAAAUAGCUCAGCUGCAGAGGGAGAAACUCUUCUUGGAACAAGCAAUCAGGGAAAAGGAAGAAACCAUUAGAUCAAAAAACAGUGAUGUUCAGGACAUGCAGAGUAACCUGGAUAGAGAGAGCAGCGGCUUGCACAGCCUGGAGUCCCAGAAGCAGGACGCUCAGGGGCGUCUGGAUGAGAUGGACCAGCAGCGCUCCAAACUGGAGGGAAUGCUCAAUGAAGUGAAGCAGAAGUGCCAAGAAGAGAGUCAGCUGAUUUCAUCCUUGCAGAGCCAGAUCCGAUCUAGGGAGACAAACCUCCGCAGCCAGGAAGACGAGUUGAGUCGCACCAGGGCAGACCUGAGUCGGCUGCAGGAGGAGGAGUCCCAGCUGGAGCAGAGGCUGCUCUCUGGGCGCGUUCAGCUGGACAGCGUCGUCAAGUCGCUCAAAAGCACCCAGGAGGAGAUUAAUCAGGCUCGCAGUAAGCUUUUGCUGAUCCAGGACAGCCAAAAGGAAAUGACCAGAACCAUUGAUCAGUAUAAUAACGCCUUGAGCGAAAUCAACAAGGGGAACUUGAACAACCUUCCGGACCUGAGCGAAGGGUCCUCUGACAGGGAAAACGGAGGAGUCAGAAAUGCAGGCGAGGCCUUCAAAUCAAAGUUAGCCAUGUUUAACAACAGCAGCACUAAGGAGCCUUCAGCUGACCCGUUCCUGAGAGACGACCCCUUCAAGUACGACCUCAUGAAAGAUCCAUUCGGAGAAGAUCCUUUCAAAGAGAACGAUCCCUUCAAAGGUACCUCGCCAGAAGACUUCUUUAAGACGACUGACAAGUCAGACCUGUUUGGAUCUGCAGAUCCGUUCAGUAGGAAACCCACGCCACCAGUGAAGCCUAGUGCCUUCAGCAGUGGUGACCCUUUCAAAUCCAGCAGCCCCAAACCAAAAGAUUCAGAUUUAUUUGGAAGAGCGGACCCCUUUGGAGGCAGGGCGGGUGGAUUUGCUGACUUCAGUAAGAUGUCAAAGAAGUCUGACAGUCCUGCAGUCCCUUCAAAGAAAAGCAUCCCUAACCGGCCUGCACCUCCUUAUGGAUCUGAGCACAUGAAGUUUGGAAAUGAGAGCCAGCAGCUGGAGUGGGUCAAGCGGGAGAGCGAACGUGAGGAGCAGGAGCGGCGGAGGAGGCUGCGGCUGCAGGAGCAGCAGGACCUGGAGUUGGCCAUUGCUCUGAGCAAAGCGGACAUUUCCGAUGCUUGACCCGGGCUGCCCCAUCACUGCUUUCUUGUCCUCCUUUAUCUGCCUUCCAGCUCUAGUCUCAACGUCAGCUCUGCCUCCUGUUAUGUCAUCUGAGGCGCCAGUGUUUCUCUAACGGCUCAAGUGACUCCUGUUUUUGCAACGGUUUAAGGUACAUUGCAUCAAAAAUACAUCUAUAAACAUGAAGAAUGCAGAGAAAUAACUUUGGCUUCACACUACAGGACCUUCUCUAGCUCCAUAUCUUGUAGGAAAGAAGCAACCCUGACUAAUUAGACUUGCAGGCUUUAUUGUGAUCUAAAUACUCUGAAUAAUGUUAGUAAAAUUUAGGUUUUUAAUCAUGAGCUACAGUACGUUUAAAUUCUUUAGAGUUUUAAUGCAAACUGGGUCAGUGGUAACAAAAAUCAGCCACAGACUUUGUAGAUCAGCCGAUUGAAGCAGAAAGCAGCUGAAACAUGAAUUCAGCACCUCGUGGUGCCUCCUUUUGUUGUUUCCAGAAACUAAUCUUUAACUGAAAGUCUCUGUUACUGUGGUCUACUUCGUUUCUAUACACUGGGACUUUUUCUGCAGCGUUUUGUUUCAGCCGUUGUUUUUAGCAAGUCAACAGGUAGUUGUUGGAAGUCUGAUGGAGUGCAACCCUCAUCACAAACUGUUUAUUCCUGUUCGAAUCCACUGGAGCAGCUGCGUGCCAUCAAACCUACCGCCUUUUGCUCUGGUUUAAAAUCAGAAACUAAGCAUUAAAAGCAAAGUGAUCAUUGUUACGUGUCUCCACCAGAGUGAACCUGCCCUCUUAGCUUGUUUGAGUGUGUUUACUUUAAACAGCUGAUUGCAGGAGGUGGAGCUCCUCCACCAGCGUUCUGACACAGCUGUUGCACAAACUCCAUCAACUUUUCUCAGAUCUCAUCGUCCCACCUCUCUCUGCUGCACUUAGUGUUUAGUGUUCGUUUUGUUUAUUUAUCUCCAAAAAAUGCAUCGUGACCCAAAACGAGUUCAAUAAUAAACCAGCGUAGGUGUUUGAAGAGCUGUACUGGUCAUAUUAGUCGGGGUUCUGUUCGCAGAUAUUUUUGUUUAUUUUUGUAAUUCGAGGGUGUAUGAAGUAAAACAUGAAGUCUGUUUUUUUAUACUUUAACUCGCUCCAAAUUUCUGGGUUGAAAGUCAGAGAAAAUACAGCACAAUCUUUCAUUUUAGUUUGUGCUGUUCAAAAUAAUGUUUCUUUUUUAUAUAUUUAAGUAUAAAUAAUAAAAGAUGACCAUUUAUCUUUUUCAAUAACCAAAGUCUUAUCGAAGACAUCGAUCAUGAUUUAAACGUUUCUGGUUAUUUAUGCCUGCAUAUUUAUAUAUGGCAUAAAUUGAAGACGUGUUUGGAAGCCAUCAAGAUGCUCGGGAUAAUCAGGUCUCAUCCGUUAUCCCAUCCUGUCCAAGUGUCAGAUGGUUUUAACGUUGCUUCUAACUCGUUGGGACACCUGGAAAACUUGCACUCCUACCAAAAGCCUCUAUGAACUGAAACCUAUAAACCAACAGUGCUGUUACUUAUAACAUGUUAUUUUUUUUUACUGUUCUACACACCAGAGAUGCUACUCCAUCACAACUCUUCCUCAUUAACUCAAAUAUGGAUUUUGUUUUACUGUUUUUUUUAAAUAACUUUAUUUGGGAAUGAUGCUUUAAGAUGUUGUUUUCUUUCAACACUAAUCUGGUUUAUUUGGCACAUGGUGACUGUGUACAGCGUAACAAUGCCUUAUCAUUAUUUUUACAUAUCAACACUGUAAAAUGUAAUAUUGCACAGUAUGUAUGUAUGUAUGUAUUUAAGUCAAACAAGCUCUUUUAAGUUUGGUUUUCCUCAAAGUUGCAACCACUUUUAUCUAAAUAAAUGAGACUUUUAAGCAUUAA